AUGAAAAUUGAUUAAGGUUUAAAUAAAAAACAUGAUAAAAUUAAGAAAGUAUUUUUACAAGCCUUAAUUUUGAAUGCAUAAUAAAAAACAUAACUUAAAGUGAUUGAAAUGAGAAAAAACUAUAAUUUAAUGAAAAGAUAUUUAUUUAAUUGGAACCUAGCCCUUAUGAGAAAAUACAGAAUGAAAGAAAUAUGUUAUUUUGUUAAAAAUUAAUACAGAAAAAAGUUAUAAAAGAAAAUAGUUCAAUUAUUAAAUGAUUAUACAUUAAAAAGAUAACACAAUCGCAGAAAAUUGAUAAGAGCUGAAAAUUAUUAUAAUAAUAGAAUACUAUAAAAGUCAUUUCGAUCUCUAAGAAUUAAUGAAAAGCAAAGUAAAUAAGAAUUCUUAGAAAAAAGAAAAUUAAUUGAUGAAAAAGAAUAAAAAUUUAUUAUGAAUUAAAAGGAACUGUAAAAAAAAUUAAUGGCUGAGGCAUUUUAUUCUUCAAAACUUAUAAUGAAAUCAUUUCUUAAUUGGAAAAAAUUUAUAUUUUUUUAAGAUAAACAAGAUUAUUAUUUCAAUUAUACAAACAGAGUUGAAAAUUGGAAUUUAAAAUAGUAGGAAUAAUAAGUUGAAAAAGAAAAAAUAAAUAAGAAUGGAAAUAUUAAAUCAGAGUAUUGUAUAAUGCUUGAAGAGAAGAUUAAAUUUUAUCAAAAGUAUUAAGAUUAAUUAACAAGUUUUUAAAAAGAGGUUUUAAAAAAGGAAAUAUGUUAAUUAAAGUAAUUAUAAUGA